CACGAUGUCUCUCCUCGUCAUCAUGGCAAUUCACCAGUGAGCCCUGAGUGGCUUCUGCUAAAGGCACUCGAAGCCCUCUUCGUCGCAAUGAGGCAAUCUUUCAACGAUAGUCCUGGCGUGGGAGCGACUCUGGCACGAUUUUGGCGACGAUCCUAUGCGCCCGACUAUAUCGGCUUCGCCCUGUUGCUCGCGGCAUACGUAUGGGAGCAAAUGUUUGCCGAGCCCUUCCACCGCAUGUUUACGCUCGACGACCACACGAAGCAAUACCCACACGCCGCCGUUCAGCGCGUAUCGACGUUGGAACUCAUCCUGUACGCAGGCAUAGGUCCUUUGGUGUUCAUCUUGCUAUGGGCCGUUGUCUUCCGCCCGGGCUUCCACAAAGCCCACGUAACGCUGCUGGGCUUGUUCAUUUCCGUCUUCCUCACUUCCCUCCUCACAGACAUUGUCAAGAACGCAGUUGGUCGACCUCGUCCUGACCUGAUUGCUCGCUGCAAGCCGAAACUUGGCACCCCGGAACAUGAGUUGGUGACGAUCUCGGUAUGCACAGAGUCGAAAUACCACACGUUACAAGACGGCUGGCGCAGUUUUCCCUCCGGCCAUAGUAGCUGGUCUUUCUCUGGCUUGGGAUAUCUAGCACUCUUUCUAGCCGGACAACUGCACAUUUUCCGACCACACGCCGACCUAGCGAGAGUACUGCUCUUUCUCACGCCGCUCGUCGGGGCGGCGUUGAUUGCCAUGUCGCGACUAGCAGACUACAGGCACGACGUAUACGACGUAACUUCCGGGAGUGUCCUCGGCAUGGCCGUGGCGUAUUUCACGUACAGACGUUAUUACCGUCCGUUGAAGCAUCCGAAAUGCGACAUACCAUAUCCCAGUCGAGCGGAUUACGAAAGUGCCAGGUCCUCUGCCAAGGGACGAGAUCUAGAAGCUCGACUGAACGAGGAAUUCUCUCUUGACGAUCUAUCAGAGGAUGGCGAGGCGCAAGCGUUUCCUUUGACGGAGACUCGGCCUGUCAGGGCAGAACAGGAGCGCGGUGGUGCAGCUACAUAAUCGCCAAACAUACUCUUUAUACUGCGUGGCGGGUAUAUAAUACAACAAAUUGUCCAAUUGUCCAAUUGUAAUUGUGUACCUAAAUUGUCG